AUGAAGUGGGGGUUUUCGGGCUGUGUGGCAGCAUUGCUCGCAGUCACAGCCUCAGGCUGGCCCUAUGAGGAAUCCUUGGUUGACUACAACUUGAACGUGAACAAGAAUACGACCGAUCCCGCCGAGUAUACUGCACCAUCGUGGGCAGGUCACAAGUAUACACCUUCCCCAACAAACUGGCGGUUUCCUUUCUACACACUCUUCAUCGACCGGUGGGUCAACGGUGACCCCACUAACGAUAAUAUAAAUGGAACUGUCUUUGAGCAUGACCUGGAUUCGACUCAAAUGCGCCACGGUGGUGACGCAGCUGGCUUAGUGGACACGUUGGACUACCUACAAGGGCUGGGCAUCAAGGGUAUCUAUCUCGCGGGUACAAUUUUGAUGAAUCAGCCAUGGGGCUCAGACGGUUAUUCGGCUCUUGAUACUACACUCCUCGAUCAACAUUUCGGUACCAUUCAAACCUGGAGAAACGCCAUCGAUGAGAUACACAAGCGAGGAAUGUAUGUCCUCUUCGACAACACUAUCGCGACUCUGGGUGAUUUGAUUGGUUUCGAGAAUUAUUUGAAUGUUACCACACCGUUUUCCGUGAAGGAACACAAGAGCGUCUGGAAAUCAGAACGUCAAUAUGUGGACUUCCGCCCUGGAAAUGACUACAAUGCUACUUGUGAUUAUCCUCGCUUCUGGAACGAGACCGGUUUGCCGGUAGACCAGGAUGUCCGUGAUCAGCUUGUGGGAUGUUAUAACAGUGAUUUUGACCAAUAUGGUGACAUAGAGGCCUUUGGUGUAUACCCUGAUUGGCAGCGUGAGCUUGCCAAAUUCGCGUCCGUUCAGGACCGCCUGCGUGAAUGGCAUCCUAGCGUCAGGGAGAGGAUCAAAGUCCAUUCUUGUAACAUUAUCAAGGCUCUUGAUAUUGACGGUUUUCGUUACGACAAGGCAACCCAGUCCACUGUGGAUGCUCUCGGAGAUAUAUCGAGUCACUACCGAGAGUGUGCGCGCAGUGUUGGCAAGAACAACUUCUUCCUGCCCGGUGAGAUCACUGGUGGUAACAACUUUGGCUCAAUCUAUCUAGGAAGAGGAAGACAACCGAACCAGUAUCCCAAAUCGGCCCUGGAUGCGAUGGCCAUGACAAACAAAUCAGAUCAGCAGUACUUCCUUCGGGGGAAUGACCUCCAAGCUCUUGACGGUGCGGCCUUUCAUUAUUCGGUGUACCGUACACUCACGAGAUUUUUGGGGAUGAGCGGCAACCUUGCCGCCGGUUACGAUACGCCUCUAGACUGGGUCGACUCCUGGAACAUCAUGGUGCAGAGCAAUGAUUUGAUCAACGCCGAAACUGGCAAAUUCGAUCCCAGACACAUGUACGGCACAACCAACCAGGACGUCUUCCGUUGGCCGGCAAUCCAAUACGGAGUGGAACGAAAUCUUCUGGGUCUAUUCAUCACGACAUUGCAAAUGCCAGGGAUUCCGCUGCUGCUGUGGGGAGAAGAGCAGGCAUUCUACAUCUUGGAUGCCACUGCGGACAACUAUGUCUAUGGACGUCAAGCCAUGUCACCUGCCACGGCUUGGAGAACCCACGGCUGCUGGGCUCUUGAUGCAACCCAGUAUUAUGACUGGCCGAUUGAACAAGGCCGACAGGGCUGCCACGACCCAAAGGUGGCAUAUGAUCACCGCGACCCCUCUCACCCUGUUCACAAUAUCAUCAAGCAUAUGUAUCAGUUACGACAAGAAUUUCCUAUCCUCAAUGAUGGCUACUCCCUGCAAACUCUCUCCAAGCAGACACGGGAUAUUGUUUACCCAGGAUCAUAUGGCACGGCUACGGAGACGGGGAUGUGGUCGAUCCUGAGAGAUCGAGUUUCGAGCUUGCAGAAUCUGGGUGAUGAGGGUGGUAACAUGCCAGUUUGGCUUGUGUACCAGAAUGACAACAAGACUGUUGAGUAUAAGUUCGACUGCGGUAGCAAUGCCAGCGCCUUGAUUUCGCCGUUCACGACCAAGACGACGGUCAAAAAUCUCUUUUAUCCGUUCGACGAACAUACUUUGAAGUCUGGUCCGAAGGCUUUGCACCUGAACGGUUCAAAAGAGCUCAAUGGAUGCUUAGACAGCAUCACCUUGAAGCCUUAUGAGUUUAGAGCUUAUGUUCCAAAGGCCCAGUUCGUUGGUCCUCGUCCCAUGAUCACCAAAUUCACGCCUGGACACGACGCCCCCUUGCUCUCUACGGUAUCCGCAGGUGAGUCUGAGGAUAUCAAUGUGAGCAUUGAGUUCUCAACAGCGAUGGACUGCGAUGCUGUCACGAAGGCUAUUUCGUUCACAUCGCAAACUGAAUCUGGCAAGACUCCAUCAAUCGACAAAGACAGCGUCGAUUGCAGCAACAUGGCUGUAAAUGACACUCAAUAUGUUGCUCAGCUUCCCAGUGCUUGGUCUUGGUCAGCAAAGCUGACUGGCGUGUACAAUGGUGUUCAUCGCUUGACCGUGAAGAAUGCUACCAGUUCCGGUAGCAAAUCCACCCAAUCAACUGAUCACUUUCUUUUCCGUGUCGGUCAGAGUGACAAUCCGAUGGUCUUCACUUCUGCUAACUACACGAAUGAUCUCGUGCAUGGAAAUGAGAACGGAACUCUCUACGUUCAGCACAAGGCAGCAGGUGCCAACAAAUGGCGGUAUUCAACGAACUGGGGUAGUUCCUUUUCUACAUGGAUGAACUAUACUGGAGGUAACACUACCAUUGAUGAGCUGCCUUGGUCUGGUACGGACAAACAAAAGUGGCAAGGAAAGCAUGUCAGGGUUGAAUAUUGGAGCCAAUUGACUGGCAGCAGCGACUACGUACAAGAAGGUGACUAUGACUGGAACGGACCUGCACGACGCUUCCCGCACCUUUUCUUCAACGGGCCUUAUAAUCAGUAUGGAUACGAUGCAGGCUUGAACAACGUCGCAAAGCAGGACAGUGAUGGCUUCUGGAACUUCCGAGUCAUUGCCGAGUAUCCAGCUCAGGGUCAAUUCAACGUCUGGGGCAUGAACCCCGAUGGAAAGCCCGACGAAACUUUCGUGUUCGGUGAUGUUGAUGGCGAUGGAGUCUUGGAUCGAAUGCCCCCUUCCUCCCUGGCCAAGUUGUCUGUUAAUAUCACCGAUAUCCCUCCGUCGCCUUACUUGGUCUGGAAUGUUAAGGUUGAUGACGGCACUAUGAAGAUCAACUUAGUGCCCACGGGGUCACGAAUCGCUCAACUGAUCAUCUAUAUCAUUCUUUGGGUGGUUCCAAUCCUGACUGCCAUUGCUGUGGUUUAUGCCUUCAUGAAAUCGUUCUACCAAGUUAAAUUCAACCAAGUCGGAGUGAUGGAAAAGAAGUCAUUCCUGGGUAUGGUUUUCGGCAAUAUGGCCUCGCGAGCUGGCCAAUCGUCGAAUCCUCUCAUUCGUUUUGCGAAUAAGUCUGGAUUUCUGCAAAGCACGUCUGCCUUCGGCGCCGCCGCCUCGCGUACGCGAACCACGUUGAUUGCGACCAUGGAAUAUGACAUUGAGGAUUGGGGCAUUAAGAUCAAGAUCGGCGGCCUUGGAGUCAUGGCUCAGCUCAUGGGAAAGCAUCUCGGUCAGCAGAACUUGAUUUGGGUUGUGCCAUGUGUUGGUGGUGUUGACUACCCCGUUGAUCAGCCAGCAGACCCAAUGUUUGUGACGGUGCUGGGAAACUCGUACGAAGUCAAGGUCCAAUACCAUGUGAUCAAAAACAUUACAUAUGUUCUGCUCGAUGCGCCAGUUUUCCGCCAGCAAUCGAAGGCAGAGCCAUAUCCUGCCCGUAUGGACGACUUGGACAGCGCAAUUUAUUACUCUGCUUGGAAUCAGUGUAUUGCUGAAGCCAUCAAGCGAUUCCGCAUUGAUCUAUAUCACAUCAACGACUAUCAUGGCUCAGUUGCUCCUCUUUAUCUUCUCCCACAAACUGUCCCAGUCUGUCUCUCGCUUCACAAUGCCGAGUUCCAGGGACUUUGGCCAAUGCGCACACAGAAAGAGAGAGAUGAAGUCUGCUCGGUUUUUAACCUCGAUAUCAAUACUGCACGUCGUUACGUCCAAUUUGGCGAGGUCUUCAAUAUGCUUCACGCUGGCGCGAGUUAUCUUCGUGUUCACCAACAAGGUUUCGGCGCCGUUGGUGUUUCUCGCAAGUACGGAAAACGGUCAUAUGCACGUUAUCCAAUCUUUUGGGGUUUGAAGAAGGUUGGUAACCUGCCGAAUCCUGACCCUUCUGAUACGGGUGCUUGGAACAAAGAACUCCCCAAAGACAGCGAGAUCGAGGUGGAUCCUCUCUACGAGGCAAGUAGAGGCGAGUUGAAACGGCAGGCACAGGAAUGGGCAGGCUUGGAGCAGAAUCCAAAUGCAGAUCUCUUGGUCUUCGUUGGCCGUUGGUCCAUGCAAAAAGGAGUAGACCUCAUCGCAGAUGUGAUGCCUGCUGUCUUGGAAGCACGUCCUAACGUUCAACUGAUCUGUGUUGGACCGGUGAUUGACCUCUAUGGUAAAUUCGCCGCACUGAAGCUCGAUCAAAUGAUGAAGGUUUACCCCGGACGAGUUUUUUCUAAACCUGAGUUCACCGCACUUCCACCCUACAUUUUCUCGGGUGCUGAGUUUGCAUUGAUUCCGUCUCGCGAUGAACCUUUUGGGCUUGUCGCGGUUGAGUUCGGCCGCAAAGGGGCUCUGGGCAUUGGAGCUCGUGUUGGAGGCCUCGGUCAAAUGCCCGGUUGGUGGUAUAACAUUGAGUCCACAACAACAUCUCACCUAUUGCAUCAAUUCAAGCUCGCCAUCGCAAGUGCAUUGAACUCGAAACCUCAAGUCCGGGCAAAAAUGCGUGCGCGGUCUGCGAAACAACGAUUCCCUGUUGCACAGUGGGUUGAGGAUUUGGAGAUUCUCCAGUCAACUGCCAUCCGCAUUCAUAGCAAAGGCCAGAUCAAGUCGAACAGCCAGCCAUUGACGCCGUCUGGGUAUAACACUCCAAGUGGGCUUAUGACGCCUACUAUUGCCUCUUCCGGACACCUCACGCCAAGUGGAGUUCAAACCCCUCCACUUACUCAUUCGCGCGAGGGAAGCUAUUCGAAUAUCAAUCGCUUGAGUGCUUACGGACCGCAGCAACGAAACACAAUCGUAUACAGUCGGGACCCGAGCCCAGGCGCGAACGAGAAGCCCAAAUCAGGACUCAGCAGACAGCUGUCGCUUGGUGUACGGUCUGGGCCUGGUCACCUCGUUCGUCGUGGUCGUCGUCGUUUGCGAAGAAGCAUGGGCCAUGAAGAUCCCGCCAACAAUUCGAACACGGAGGAAAGUAGUGAUGACGACUUCAUCCCCAGCUACUAUGGUGAAGAAGAAUAUACACUCACGCCUGAACAAGCAGAAGAAGGACGCAGAAACGAUGCGACCCCUCAGCUGGAGUUGUCACGACAAACAGCGCCCAGGGACUUCUUCAGUCGCAGCCAAUCCAGUCAGAGCUCGCUUCCACCUCGGCCCAUGUUGACUACAACCAGUCCAGGGAGUCCGGAGCCCGAGGAAGCUGUCGUAUCUCCUGUGAGGCAAUAUGCCAACGAGCCUGGAAACAGACUUAGUAGUGCCUCUGUCCUUUCCGUUGACACCAUCAUCGGAGAGAAGAAGGACUACAAAUUGCAGAAAGUCGAUCCAUUUUUCACUGACAGUACUGGCGAAUACUACAAGACAUUUGAGAAGAGGCUGGAGAAGCUGAAUGGGUCUAACUCUGAGUCCCAGCUCUGCAUUGAGGAGUACCUCAUGAAGAGUGAGAAGAAGUGGUUUGACAGGUUUAGAGAUGCCAGACUUGGCCGCAACCAAUCACCUGCCUCGUCUGUCUUCCACGCAAAAAUGGACAAUAACACACCCAUGAGCUCAGUCACGGCCGAUGAAAUGGGUUCGCAGGAAAGCAGAAGCCCCGAGCGUAGGGAGAAAGAUGAGUUUCUUCUAGGAAGUGAUUAUGUUCCCCCGUCUGGUCUUCGAAAGUGGAUGCAAAUCCGAAUCGGUGAUUGGCCGCUAUACUCUUUCUUCCUAGGUCUCGGCCAGAUUAUCGCUGCCAACUCAUAUCAAAUCACGCUGUUGACAGGUGAAGUGGGUGAGACGGCAGAGAAACUCUAUGGCAUUGCGACUGUUUACCUUGUUGCUUCCAUCGUCUGGUGGUUCUUCUUCCGGUCAUUCAAGUCAGUGUUCGUUCUGUCUCUCCCUUGGCUGCUGUAUGGUCUCUCUUUUGUCAUCAUCGGAGUGGCACAUUUUGAGAAGGAUGCAUUCGCUCGUGGUUGGAUUCAGAAUGUUGGCGCGGGCGUGUACGCUGCGGCUUCGGCUAGUGGUUCGCUGUUUUUCGCACUCAAUUUCGGUGAUGAGAACGGCGCACCAGUCAAGGAGUGGGUAUUCCGUGCGUGUUUGAUUCAAGGGUGUCAACAGGCCUAUAUCAUUGGACUAUGGUACUGGGGUACGGCCAUCUCUCAAGCUGUAGAGAGCGGCGCUACAAAUGUCCAGGGUGAUAUCACGAACACUUGGAAGAUGACGGCCAUCUGUCUACCGAUCGCUGCCUUUCUCUGGGUCAUUGGUUUACUGCUCUUCUUCGGUCUUCCAAGCUAUUACCACCAGACUCCGGGUAAAGUGCCUUCUUUCUAUCAGUCUGUGUUCCGGCGCAAGAUCAUUCUCUGGAACUUUGUGGUUGUGAUUGUGUCCAACUUCUUCCUCAGUGCACCCUACGGACGCAAUUGGAGUUUCCUCUGGAGUUCUGCCCACGCUAAGCCUUGGGAAGUCGGAGUGCUCUGCGUGGUGUUCUUCGGAUUUGUCUGGGCCGGCCUGCUCUUCUUAUUCGGUUAUCUCUCAAGAAUUCAUAGCUGGAUCCUUCCAGUCUUUGCUUGCGGCCUGGGAGCACCACGCUGGGCGCAGAUAUGGUGGGGUGUCUCUGGUAUAGGGUUAUUCCUUCCCUGGGCCGGUAGCUACACCAGCGGCGCUCUUGUGUCGCGCAGUGUGUGGUUGUGGCUUGGAGUCCUGGAUUCCCUGCAAGGAUUAGGUUUUGGAAUGAUCUUGUUGCAGACCAUGACGAGAAUGCAUAUCUGCUUCACACUUCUUGCAUCUCAGGUGCUGGGUUCCAUUGCCACGAUUUGUGCCAGAGCUUUCGGUCCCAACAAGAUUGGUCCAGGGCCGAUAUCGCCAGACAUCACCGCGGGGGUCAGUUCGAUCGCCAAUGCCUGGUUCUGGAUUGCGCUGUUUUUCCAGCUUCUCAUUUGUGCUGGAUACCUUAUGUUCUUCCGAAAGGAGCAGCUUACGAAGCCCUAA